UAUGAUUGGUAUGGUUGUCAUGGAAAUGACACGAGAAAUCAUGGUAUAGUCACAGCUACAUUUCGUGAAAAGAACAAUCGAUCGACGGUGAUUUAGAAAAGGACAGCAGAAUCUAAAUGGCUGUUUGGGCGUUUUAGGUGUCUUUGGCUGAAAGCUAUAAAAUUAAAGCAUGACAAUGCAUGCUAGAAAUGCCACAGUGAAGAAGGUUGACAAGACCUUACGAGCAUUGAGCUCUGUCACUCUGUCAGUGAAUCCGAAUCAUGGAAAACUCAAACCAGGCAGUGCUUCACCUGCAAGUGGCACUGAUGAGAGUGACGAUUCAGAUGGAUGGGAAACUGAUUUAGAGUGUGAAGAGCUAAAGCCACAGUAUGAUCCAACAGGGCGAACCCUAUACCAGCGUGCGUGUCAGAAACUUGGCAUUGUUCCUGCCUCCUUCUUUGUGCGGCACAUGACAGAACCGACAGUUACCAUGUCACACCAUGGACUUGGUCCACUAGGCAUCCGAGCAAUGGCACUGGCUCUUUUAUACAAUACAAGAGUCACUAGUCUAAAUAUAAGGGACAAUGGUAUUGGAGAAGAGGGAGGUGAGAUUGUGGCAAAACUGUUACGAGAAAACUACUUCAUAGUGGAGUUAGAUAUGUCUGAAAAUCAGCUUGGUAGAGGGGCAGUUGCAGAGAUGGCAGAAACUCUAAAAGAGAACAACACACUAACCAAGCUUAGACUUGCAGGAAAUAACCUUGAUGAUAAAGAUGCUGAGGUUAUGUGCCAGUCACUGCUGGUAAACAACACCCUUACCCACUUGGAUCUGAGCUGUAAUACAUUCUCCAACAAAGCAUGUGAGUUCUUUGCAAAAGUUCUUGAUGAGAACAUUACAUUGUCAGAUCUUGAUCUUAGCUGGAAUCACAUACAAGUCAAAGGUGGCCUGGCUCUUGCCAAAGGACUAAGAGGAAAUGUGAAGCUUAAAAGCCUGAACUUGGCAUGGAAUGGUUUAUCAGAUGAUGCAGUGCGAGCAGUAGCAGGGGCUCUGCUUGAGAAUGGUACACUGCAAUUCUUGGAUUUAAGUAACAAUAGGAUUUCAGACACAGGUGCUUUCAGCAUUGCCAGAUGUCUGGAGAGCAAUUCUUCACUGGAAGUUUUGAGGCUGUCUAAAAAUAACCUAAAAAACAAGGGAGCAAGUGCUCUUCUGAAUUCUAUUUUAAAAAAUGGAGACAGUAGAAUUCACAAGAUUGAUCUGACUGGUGCUUUCUUAAAGGAGGAAUUUCAUAUUAUUGCAGAAGAAUUAAGAAAGUUGAGGCAAACUGAAGUCAUUACAGAUGAGACUCCAGAAUUAAGACACAAACAAGAAGAACCUGAUCCAGGAACACUUUUGCGUAACUACAUAGCAAAAGAACAUGUUCAAAUUGUAGACUUGUUUCAAAAGUUGGAUCGUGAUGGGAGCAUGCAAGUAAGUGUGAAGGAAUUUGCAGAAGGACUGCGGAAAUCACAGGUUGGGUUAACACAGUAUGAGGUGGACAGAAUCAUUGAUGUGCUUGAUGCAGACAAAGAUGGUGAAAUUGACUACAGUGAAUUUGUUUGUAUACAAGCUGAAUGGAAAAAUGAUGAGAAGGGAAAACGAAAAAUUUCAAAACAACCUCAUUAAAACAUAACUGGACUUUUACAGUUGAACUGUCAAACAAUAGGAUCUCAUGGAUCAUACCAAGUAAUGUAGCUCACAAAUGAAGGCAAAUUAAUGAACCCUUUACCUUCCAAGGUUUUGGUGCUUCUCCUCUCUGACUGCCAUGCAUUUCUUUGUUAUCAGACCAUCAAGAUUUUGAAGUUUUAUUAUGGAAACACUCCCCCCCUCCCCCAGAUGUCUGUUCUCAUGAUGUGUUUGCGAGAAUUUGUAUUAUAACAUAACCAAAGUAAAGCGCGCGCUCUGAUUGGUCAAUUUAGCGUCCCCCAUUCGCCAUGGG